ACUAUGGUGUAUUAAUACUACCACCAUCAGAUAAUGGAUCGUAUACUUAUAAAAAUGGAGAUAAUCAAUUUCGAAAAAUAACUGAAAAUUGUUCAGUUAAAAGUAAAUUAUGUAAUAUGACAACACAACUCAAUAUAGGUUUACAAUUGACUGUAAUUAAUAACACACAUUCUAUUAGUAUGAUACUUGAUGUGGAAGAGUAA